AUGGAUGGCGGCGCUCCCGCUGGCCUAGCAUCCAGAGGUUCACAAGGUGCCGCAGCUGGAGCCGCCAGAGCCGACGAUGGCUGGGAACAGCUGCAGCUGCAGCUCAACAGAGGACUCGACCAAGGUGCAUCAAAGGCCCUCCGCACCGCCACGUCAGUGCUGCGCAAGGCACCAUGGACACAGGUGUUUACCCUUCUCGACCACUUGGCCGCGAGGCUGGUCCUUCCAGAUGUGUUCUGCUACAGCGCAGCAGCCGCUGCAUGCGCAGGAGACGGGCGCUGGCGGAUGGCUUCAGAACUCCUCCGCCGCAUGCAGGAGCAUCUGGUUGCGCCGAAUGAGAGGACGUUCUCCGCAGCCAUCAGUGCUUGUGACAAGGCUCAACAGUGGCCAGCUGCCCUGGCCCUGCUUCGCGAGGCCCUCCAGCGGAGAGUGGCGCAAGGCUACUGCUACAAUGCUGCCAUUAGCGCCUGUGAGAAAGGGGGUCAGUGGAUCACAGCUCUGGAGCUGUUCCGCGAGAUGAGGGCCGCCGACCUGGAGGUGGAUGCAUUCUCCUUUGCCGCAGCAGCAUCAGCAUGCGAGAAGGGUGCCGCAUGGCCCGCAUCCCUGCAGCUGCAUCAACUCCUUUUCCAAGUCGGUGUGCAGCCGAACGUUGUCACUUUCGGCUCAGCUCUGGCGGCUGCAGCAGCUGCACCCUGGCCAACAGCACUGGAGCUGCUUUCAGAGAUGGGGCGCUACCGCGUCACGCCGAGCAUCAUCAGUUACAAUGCCGUGGUUCAUGCCUGCGAGCAAGGAGCCUCGGGCCGUGUAGCACUGGACCUUGUGCAGGAGGCGCGAGACCUCCAGCUGAGAAUAGAUGGGAAGUUUCUCGGAGUUGCUCUUGCGGCAUGCAGGCGUGGUGGCUUCUGGGAAGAGGCCAUCCUCUUGUGGAGCAGCCUUGCCAAGCAGGAGCCUAACGACCAUCACCUUGCCAGCUGCGUCUUUGCUAUCCAGGCCUGCGAGGGUACGGCAGCUGGCGUGGCGCUAUGUGCCGAGCUGGGGAAGCGGCUGCAAAGGGCAGCCGGGCCUGGGGCGGCAGAACUGGACCAGGCCUUUGGCUGCGUGGACGAGCUGUUGGAGCGAGGGCAGCUGACGGCCGCUGCAGAGACGUCGCUGGGGCGGCGUGCGGCAGGGGCUCGUGGUCGGCUCCUUGCACUGGCAGGAAUACGGCGGCAGCCGACUUCGCAGCUUGCGCAUGCUGUGGGUCCAAUCGCAGAGCCAGGCUCUUGGCGGCUGCACGAACCUCUUCUAGAGUUGCAGCCGAGCCUAGGCUGGGUCUACACGACAGAGGUCUUGCAAGGCCAGCUGGCCUUCAGUUCUUCUGGACGUUGGCGGGGUUUAGCACGUCGUGCCUCUCGUCGAGAACUGUCUGAUGCUCUGCUCAAGGAGGACGAAGAUGUCAGCAGCCAAAGCAUUGUUGCCUGGCUCGCCUUCAACAUGCACGCUGACACAUCAGGCUUAUGUCUGGGAGUUCCCGGUCGCUGCGCAGCCUUCGGAGCCAGCUGGGCGACAGAUUCCGUCGCGGCCUUGGAGCAGCGCUUGUUGCCGGUCUUCCGGGAGCACGACCGGUCACAGCAUGCCGAGCGCAUGGCUUUGCUGUCCGUGGCCGCAAGCGCUGCAAGCCAGAAUCAGCGUUCUAGACCAGAUCUUCAGGAGAGGGCAGCCGACAGAGAAUUUACCUUCGGCUCCGUGCGGCUCUAUGCGACUCACACACUCUGCAUUUCUUGCCUGGCAGUUUGCUGCCAGUUCCACCGACUAUUUCCGCGCGUGUCGCUGAAGGUCGAAAUGGACACAUGGGAUGAGACCCUGCGCUGGUCGUGCCGAAAAGCCCGCACCGAGCCUCGCUGCGGUCUGGAGCAGCUGGUUGCCGAGAUCACCUCGUGGCACCAAGGAAGGCUCGGUCUAGAUGUCCUGGGAAGUGAAUGGUGGACUCUGUGGCUGGAUGGGGAGGAUGACGACGUGGGCUGGCACUGGGACGCCGACUACGAGGCUCGGGAACGGGGAGACGUGCAGCACCCUCUCCUUGGCACGGUGACAUACCUCGAAGCUGGUGGCAGCGUUGCACCCACAGCUGUCCUCGAAGACUGCUUCGAGACUGAGCUUUUGGCAGGGAAAGGCGCAGUGGUGGCCAGGGCACACCUGAGUUUGCCAGUGCCUGGGAAGCAUAUCUGCUUUGAUGGGCGGCUACUGCAUGCCGCACCUGCACAGCUGCGGGAGAUCUUUGGCACCUGUGCCUCCAAGCUCCCGAAGUCCUCUCGCCCGCUGCAUCAUGGUCCUCUUGCCGCCAUGCCGGCAAAGGGAACGAAGAAGAAGCGCGGGGCAGGCAAUGCGGUGUGGGCUUUGGCAGCCGUCACCACGCUUGCCGCGACUGCGGCUGUGGCUUCUGUUCGACUGCAGUUGUACUCGGCAACCGCGGCCGACGAGACAUCGCAGCCGAUCCGGCCCAGGAGACGGAAAAAGGGGCAGGACAAGGGGACCACCGUCAGUCGAUCCAAGGACGUGCCGCAUCAGCAGCCUGAUAUCCAGGCCGAGGAGCCCAACAUCCAGGUGCAGGCGGCGCAGGCCAAGCACGAGAUAAGCAAGCGCGAGGAUCCUGCUGACGAGGCGACGACCCUACCGUCCCGCAGCCGCGAGCUUGAGCUUGAGUCAUCGCCGCAGGGAGAGCCUACUUGGAUCUACUGCUGUGGACAGUGGCAGGAGUGCCUUUGUGGAGGCCGCGUCAAGUGGGGCAACGAAGGUAAGUGGCAGCUGAUCGAGAUGCCCGAGGGUCAAAGUAUCCAGAAGGUGAUGUGCAGCAUUGACAAGCUCGGAGACCUGAUUCCGGGGGAUGGCGGGAAGCAUUGCCAAUGCGAAGUUACCCCAGGUACAUCCUUCUACCGUCGCCUGAACCCACUACUCAUGCCGGAACAGCUUGCCGAGUCCACUGGAUCCAGGCUGAUUGGCUCUUGCGAGAUCUUCGAAAAGGGAAGGUCUGUGGGGCCCCAUGGGCUUGCGCAGUGGCAGGCGACGGAAGCGUUUUGCUCUCCUCAGUGGCAUGAAAGAGCACGCGACAAUCCGAAGCUGCAAGCUGGGAGCAAGCAGGUGGACCUCGGCACUUUGCAAGGGCUGAUGAGGGUCCGAAUUGAUCACCGUUUCCUCAAGAACUACGAGCGGCUUGCCGAUAAAGACGGCUGGAUUGAGAAAGCAUUUGUCAACUACUAUGCAGGUGCACCAGACGGCAAGCACACAAAGAUGAGCGAAGAAUUGGUCCGGUCCGUGCAUCUCUUCUCCAACGAACCGAUCAUCGUCUUCCACCUCGGCAGCCUAACUCCAGACGAUUGGACUGCCAGCCGCUUUCCGCGACUACUGCUCAUGCAUGUAUCUCCUUUGGGUCCAGCUGUUCCUCGGAGCUUCAAUUUCAACAAGAUCCGCUCCUUUCUUCUGGCACGCGUGCGCGUGGGCGUGGAGCUGGACUCGGAUCAGUUUGUGGCUCCAGGCGUGGACUACAUGUUCAACAUGACCCAGAGGGAGAUCACGAAGGACUACCCCAUCCCCAUCCUGCCGGUGCAUUACUUCAGUUUCACACAGAAAGAUGCACCUUCCAAUAUCUGGUGGCGCCGCUUCUGCACAGAUCCACCGCAUUGCGAGCGACACUCCAUGCGCUGGAGUCACGCUCAUCCGACCUGGACUUUCUGGGCUCUUCCGUGGAUAGGCACCUGGCUCCGAAGGAUUCUGCGGGAUGAGACACUGCCGGAGGCGCAGGACAUGGGUGCACUUCGGGUUGCUGACAUUCCGGAGGACGAAGACAUGCUGAAUGUGGCUGCUUGGGAGGACAAGGUCACGAAGCAGUGGUGCAAGUUCGACAACGACCGAACCGAGUUCGAGGAGAUGAUCCGUUGGAACACGGGAAAUGCCAAUAAGUGCCCCUCCGGCACUGGUUGUUCCAACAUCAUGGCUGAUAUGCGCUUCUACCCCAAAGGGGCUGCCAAGGCGCACUUCACGGCGCACAACGCCAAGGACCCGGUCGAGACCAAGAGGUGGAUCGACCGAAUCAAUGAACGGUACCAGAAAGGCCUAUACCCCACCAAGAUCAUCAUCUACCAGGGCAAGCUCUUCGCCACCGGUGAGGAGCUUCGAGCGAAGUAUCCCGAGCUUCCGACUUUCCAGCUGCUGGCCAUGCGACACAACAUCACAGGGCGUGCUCGUUCACAAACCCCAGACUACCACCGGCGCUACGCGCAGAAUGCUGCAGGCACCUCGCUGCCCGGCUGCAGCACUGCCCAGGCCGGUUUGCUCACGACUUCAACUGUGGUCUUUCUUGACAGAGGAACUAACUACACUUGGCGUCCUAACUGA